AUGGGCACUUUGCGCCAUAAGUACAAUAUUUGGCUCAUUGAAACUGUCUUGAAACAGCUCCCGACUGUCGCGAUGGCGGAGGAAGGAAUCGCAGAAGGAUGCGUUGGUUUGGACCCUGAGCUCGCUGACGAGCUGUCUCGGGCCGAAGCAGUUGUCUCCAUCCUUCUCUCCCGACUGCACUGUGACCCCGUGUCAGUGGACUCUGCGGUGUGGCCUCUGCACAACUGGGAGAGCUUGCUUUGGGCCCUCUCGCACCAAGCUCGCCAUGGAUCGUGCGACGACUGCCGUGGCCAACCCGACUACGAAAAUUUUUCGGCAGCGUCCAAAAUGCACAGUGCUCGCCCGUGGUAUGCGUCAUGCUGUGCUGGCCGGCUCGGACGUGACAGCUACAUGAAAAAGUGGGAAUUGCUGGGCGCAAUGGCCCCGGGAGACGCUGCCGCGAAGUACCUGGAUAUCGUCAGCGAUGUCUUGCCUGGAUGGGACGCAACUCCCGGGCCGGACGUAGCUCUUCUCGCCGAAUGGACUGCCGACGCGUCGUCGUACUGCUGUUCGAACUGCGGCGAGGGCUUCACGUUGCUCAAUCGACGGCAUCACUGUCGUCGCUGCUCCAAGCUUGUGUGCGCGCCGUGUUCGUCCACACGGCUCGCCUUGCGUCUCUUUCCUGGCCAGCCGCUCAAAAUCCAGCGUGUUUGCAACGGAUGCGUCUCGACGAUGAACCCACAAGUUCGUUCGACGCUGGAGAAAGGACUGCCGCUACCGCCAUCGUCAUACACUUCGGAGUCGGGUCAAGCCACAACAGAAUCUCGCACGGCCACAGUGCUUUCAGUUGAGAGUGCCGAGGGCGACCCAUCGCCACAAGACGAUGCGGUGUCACGUACCACGCACGCAGGAAUGAAAGCUGUGCCCAAGCAAAGCUUGAUCAAACGGGGAUAUGUUGAACGGAUGAUUGGAUCUCGCUUUCAAAAGCGAUGGGAGAAGUUCUUUCUCGUGUUGCUCGUUCGGAAAGGAUCGGUUGGGAUAUACACGCACGAAGACGACAUGGCGCCGAUGGAAGUCUACAAGUUGGCAGGUUACUCGAUCCGAGUCAAAAGCGAAAAGCGACGGCCGCAUCAAUUCAAGGUGGAGCAUCCAAUCCUCACGCCCAUGCGCCUCUGCGUCACUUCUCUCCGCGAGAUGAACGAGUGGAUCACGGCGUUCUCGCAGGCGAUUGACGCGUCCAAUGCGUCCGAAUUGCUGCGCGGGUGAUGCGAAAACGUAGCGAAACGAAUUCGACAAUAUGAUUGGUUGGCUACCUUUUGCGUGGAC